AUUUCGGUGGACGCUUUUAAUUAUGCUCCCAAUCUGCGGAUCUUCCAUUACUUUUUAACCCAUUUUCAUGCAGACCAUUACAUGGGGAUCUGCAAGUCGUGGGCCAAUGGUCUAUUGUACUGCUCUGAGAUCACAGAUCGCUUGGUCCGCUUGAGAUAUCCCACCAUGGACCACACCAUUUUGAGGCCUUUACCCAUGAACAAGAAGAUAGAGCUUAUUUUACCAGACGGUUCAUUCAAUGUCACGCUCAUUGACGCAAACCACUGUCCAGGGGCGGUUUUGUUUUUGUUUGAGUACACCAGAAAGGAGGGCAGUACCCUUCGGAUGCUCCAUUGUGGCGAUUUCAGAGUCUGCAAAGAGAUGAUCGAAAAUAAGCUAUUGGCCAAUACCAAAAUUGACAAAUGUUAUUUAGACACGACGUUCUUAAACCCGUUGUACUGCUUUCCCAAACAAAAGCACGCCAUUUCAGUCACCUGUGAAUUUUUCGAAAACCUCUGCAAUCAAGAAACGUAUUCCAGGCAGCUAAACUUCCAAAAGAAGAUCACCGACUUCUUCACCCAAAGGUCCGCUCCCGCUCCAAAGUCCAAAUACUUGGUUUUGAUUGGAACCUAUACGAUCGGGAAAGAGAGGAUCGCGUUUGAGAUCGCCCGUACGUUAAAUUCCAAGGUGUACGCCGACGGACCGAAACGGAAGGUCUUGGAUUGCCUCGAAGAUGCCGAGAUUCUGGCGUUGGUGACAGACGACCCACACGAAACGUUUGUGCAUCUCGUUUCAAUGUCCCAGUUUAAAAACUUGGACGUUUAUUUCAAAAAUUAUGCCUCAAAGUAUGAGAAGGCGGUGGUGGUCCGACCAACUGGGUGGUCUUUUAGCGCCGAUCCAGUGACCCAUUCCGUGGAUACCCCUACAAGGAAGGGAUUGGCUAAAAUGUCAAAAGCCCAGAUUCUCAAUAAUAUCUUGUACCAGCAAAAGCUGGACCAGCAGUUUACGCUCGAGAAGCUCGAAUCUCAGUUCUUCAAGCGAAACUCCCCCACGCUUAUUUUUCUACAGAUUCCAUACAGUGAGCACAGCAGUUUCAAAGAGCUAGCAUUUUUCAGCAUCUUGUUAGAUAUAGGGCAAACGCUUCCGACGGUUAAUCUUCACAGCUUGGACUCUAUCCGGGAAAUGAAUGAGUGGAUCAAGGAAUGGGAGGCCUUCAGAGCGCGGAACGGGCGCACAGAA